UCCUUUAAAAACCGUGUUAUUUGUCAGACAUAGAAAUGGCAGAUUAAUGUAACACGUUGUUUCAUAAAUACCUUUAUUAAACGAAAGUUAAAAUGAACGAGUCAGAGGCUGUCGUAGGAAAUAAAACAUUUGGAAAAUGUUUACUGGAUAACUGGGUGGAAGAGGUGAGUGCAACAACCAAUUUCGGUGCUAACAAGUGAGUUAUCUUUUGGGCAGAUAUCUUUGGGUGGCUUUACAACAGCGACUGUUUGGUUCUUCACACAAUAGCUUGUUUCAAACAUUCAAGUGAUUCUAAAGACUGUUGUAUCUGGUGGUACUGCUUCUAUUUUAUCACAUCUCUAAACCGCAAUUAAGAGGUCUACUGCACUGCUGGACAAUGUGGAGCCAAGAGCUCAAAUCCAGAGGAGCGGACAUAAAGGCAUACUGACGCUGGACAUGUCCGCCCAAGUCCAAGGAAUCAGUACCGUCAGAGCUGCAUUUACCCAGCCUCAGCGAACAGGAGUGAGGCAAAAAGGAUUGAGGAGUGAGCUUUUGGAGAAGUAUUUAUUGCAAAAAAUAAGUGAACAGGUGACUGCUGAGUUUAACCCAGAGCCCCCAACCACUGAAUUUUGCUCUACUAUGAAAGCAGACUACACAGUAGAGGGAUUUCAAUCUGUUACCCCUCCGUCAUCCACGGAGCGCACCUAUGCAACGGAACAGGCCAUCACAUUUUGGAGUGACAACUGGCAGAGGGUUCAGGGAGUGACGGCAGUCCAGACCUUGGACUCUCCAUUCAAAAGAAAUGCCACUUUCAGCACACCCAUUGGUUUACAAAUGGGUGAAGACACACCAUACGUCCCUGACCAUGAUGAUCAUUUGUGACGUGUUCACCCUGCUCUGACAAAAAUACAUUUGCUGAAAUUAUGCUAACCUCAACGCGUUUGUAAAGCUUGUCUGUGUAUUUGUUUGGUGAAAAACCAUUUCAUAGAGUAAUCCUUCCCUGGAGAUUAAUGUGAUGCCUGCAUGUUUGUGUUUGGAUUUACUAUCAUAAACAUCUGUUAUGAUUCAUUUAUGUCCAUUGCUUCCAAUGUUACAUUUCCAUGCUCUGAAAACUUCAGGCUUCUGUCACAGUGGUUGUAUUAUAUAAUUAGUGCUGUUGUUCACUAAUUCUUUCCCUAUGAUAUUGUUUUUACCUGGUAGAAUGCUUCAUUAAGGGACCUUUUUUUGUAAUUUUAUCUCAAUCUCUCUUCUACAAUCUAUCUGAGAGUUUCCUCCGAUUUCUUUUCAUCUUAUCUUCUUAGUCUAAGUAUGUGUCUCUAGUGGCAGCAACGCUUAACUUGUGAUCACAGUACAAAUACCAACAGAAAAACUGAUCUCCCAAUUAUAGUAGCAAAGACUGUGCUUGGACUUGUUGGAUAAAGGACACAGCAAGAAACUCAUUUGGAUUCUGACACAUCUGCAGCUGUCUUUUCAUUAGAUGAGGAAAGCCUCCUCUGUGCUGAUGACAUAUCUACUGAUUCUCAGGCUUCCUUCACAGCGUAUUGGCAUACUUUCACAUGUCUGUUGUGUCAGUCAGAAGACUGUUCUAUGCUGUGCUCCUUUCUCUGGCUUUCAGCUGGGAUUAGUGCAGCAGGUAGCUAUGGCAACAAGUAAUUUUAGCCUACAUUAAUGCAUUUUUUUCUUUUCUUUUUUCUGUCUUUGACAAUUUGCUAUCUCGAAGGAGUAUGGUAGCAUAUCAUUUGUGUCAGGAACAAACAGCGCAACCCUGAUUUCAAAGCAAAUUAAAUUUAUGUUAAUUA